UCUCUGUGGCGGGUGGCGAGGCCUGGAUGCCCCCGAAAGGCUCUGUGCCCGCAGGUUGGGCAGAAGGGUUGCUAGUGGCUUCCUGGAGCCGGCCAAGCCUCAGAGAAGUUCGAGCGCCUGGGGGAGGGAGUGGGGUACCUAGCGACCACCCUCCUUCCGCGCCCGCGGAGGUUAAAGCAAACAAACCAUGGCCAGUAACCACAAAUCUGCAGCACCUCGCCCUAUUUCAAGGGGUGGAAUUGGAUUAGCGGGAAGGCCUCUUUCUGGAAUUCGACCCUCAUCAGGAAAUGUUCGAGUGGGAACUGGAUUGCCACCUGGAACAGCAAGACCUGGUUCUCGUGGUGGCACUCUAGGGACUGGUGGAGUUUUGUCAUCUCAAAUCAAAGUUGCUGAUCGGCCUGUAACUCAACAAGGUUUGAGUGGAAUGAAAACUGGGAUGAAAGGUCCCCAGAGACAAAUUUUAGACAAAUCUUAUUAUCUUGGACUUCUUAGAAGUAAAAUAAGUGAACUUACAACUGAAAUUAAUAAACUUCAGAAGGAAAUAGAAAUGUACAAUCAAGAAAAUUCAGUAUAUUUGUCAUAUGAAAAGAGGGCAGAGACGUUAGCUGUGGAAAUCAAAGAGUUUCAAGGACAACUAGCAGACUACAACAUGUUGGUAGAUAAACUUAAUACCAAUACCGAAAUGGAAGAAGUAAUGAAUGAUUACAACAUGCUUAAAGCUCAAAAUGAUCGAGAAACACAAAGUAUGGAUAUCAUCUUUACUGAAAGACAAGCAAAAGAAAAACAAAUUAGAAGUGUAGAGGAAGAAAUUGAACGAGAAAAACAGGCCGCAGAUGGCAUUAUCAAAAAUAUGUCUUCUGAAAAACAAGCAAAGUACAUAGAAAUGAAAAGCACAAACGAGAAAUUGUUGCAGGAAUUAGAUAUACUUCAGCAGCAACUAGAUUCACUGAGCAUGAAAAAAGAAAGCCUGGAAACCGAAAUAGCACACUCCCAGGUAAAACAGGAGGCUGUAUUGAUGCAUGAAAAGCUUUAUGAGUUAGAAUCUCAUCGAGAUCAAAUGGUUGCAGAAGACAAAAGCAUGGGAUCUCCAAUGGAAGAGAGGGAGAGAUUACUUAAGCAGGUUAAAGAAGAUAACCAGGAAAUAGCCAGCAUGGAGAGACACUCUUGGACAACAACUUUUAUAGAGAGUUUUGAGGAAACGAAGAAUCAGGAAAUAGAGAGGAAGGCUCAGAUAGAAGCCCACAUUGUGGCACUUUUGGAGCACUGCAGCAAGAAUAUAAAUCAUAUGAAACAGUUAUCCUCGAUUACCAACCAGGAGCUAAAAAUGAUGCAGGAAGACCUCAAUUUUAAAUCUACUGAAAUGCAGAAAUCACAAAAUACAGCUAGAAGUCUGACCUCAGACAGUCAACGUUUACAGCUGGAUCUACAGAAAAUGGAGCUCCUGGAAAGUAAGAUGACUGAGGAGCAGCAUUCUCUGAAAGUCAAAAUUAAGCAAAUAGAAGCUGAUCUGGAGACAUACAAUGAUUUACCAGCCCUAAAAUCAUCAGGGGAAGAAAAGAAAAAGAAAUUACAUCAGGAAAGAACCAUAUUGUCAACACGCAGGAAUGCUUUUAAAAAAAUAAUGGAGACUCUAAAUGAAGAAUAUGAGGCGCUGAAAACCCAGUUGCAAGAAAACGAGACACAUUCUCAGCUUACAAAUUUGGAGAGAAAGUGGCAACACCAUGAACAAAAUAAUUUUGUGAUGAAAGAAUUCAUAGCAACCAAGAGUCAGGAGAGUGAUUACCAGCCAAUAAUUAAAAAUGUGACCAGGCAGAUCGCAGAGUACAAUAAAACCAUCAUGGAAGCUCUCCAUUCUGCUAGCAGAAACUGAGUCUGAAACAACCAGAGGCCUACAGAGAUACUUCGUUGCUAAACUUCUUGGUACAAGCUGACUAAAAAGAAAAUAGCUUACUCUUGAAGAGUUAUACCUAAAGUUUCUGAAUGCCAUAAUUUUUGUGUCCUCUUUGAAGAGAGCUAUAUCUUAAAUAACACAAUAGUUCAAUAAAAUGUUUGCAUAUAAAAAAGUGUCAUCUCCUUUUCUGUGAUGUUUAUGUUUGUAUAAUGGGGUGAUUAAAGUAUCUCCAAGAACCUAGAGGGAAAGAAAUGGAAAGUGAUCGUGAAGAUUCAUGUAGCUUGUAUGCCUCUCUGUGGCAGCAGGGAUAAUUGUUUCAUGUGUCAACUCUAGGGCACACAAGGGCAGCAUGAUUUUAUUUAACACUCCUAUUAACUUUGUCCAUUAUUGCUUCUGGAAAGAGU